GAACGACCGAAUUCGCAUGGCGCGUAGUUUUUAGAACUAACAUGACGUUUUCUGUUGGAAAAAAAUAAUUUGAUUGUCAGUUCAGUGAAAUUUUUUGUUCGGUCUUUUUGCGAAUUUAGCACUCUUGAAGUCGGAAGGAAUUGAAGAUUCGAAAAUGAGCAGUCAUCCUACAAGUGUUGUUAAGGCAGUGCCUAAUGCAGAUGCCGAUGUUGAAGACGACGACGAUUUCUUUUCUGCGGGAAUUAUGUCAGCGAUAAUGCGUCGCCAAGUUCUGCAUCAUAUGGUUAAAAAUCUGCCGAAACCGGUUCAGGGCAGAAUAUCAGCGCUCAAAAAUGUCCAAUUGGAACAAAUGCAUUUAGAGGCCAAAUUCUACGAGGAGGUCUAUAAUUUAGAGGUGAAAUAUCAAUCACUUUACGAACCGCUAAACAACAAACGCAAGUCAAUCGUUAACGGUGAAUACGAACCGACUGCCGAGGAACAAGAAUGGAAGCUGCAAGACAGUGAAGAGAGUGAAGAUGACAUUGCUGAUAAAAUGGAAGGUAUAUCGAUCGCCAAGCCAAAUUAUCCAGAUGAUGUCAAAGGAAUUCCCGAUUUUUGGCUAACCAUUUUCCGUGCAACGGAAUUGAUUGCGGGAAUGAUUCAAAAGCCGGAUGAAGAUCUGCUGAAGAAAUUGACCGACAUAACCAUUUCGUAUUCAAAUGAUCCAAUGUCAUACAUUUUGGAAUUUCAUUUCGCACCAAACGAAUAUUUUACGGACGCCGUGCUAACCAAGCAAUAUUUUCUGAAAGUAAAAGUGGAGGAGGAACAUCCAUUCACAUUCGAAGGACCUGAGAUUUACAAAUGCCUGGGGUGCGUCAUCAAUUGGAACAAAGGAAAGAAUCUCACAGUGAAGACCAUCAAAAAGAAGCAGAAGCAUAAGGCUAGAGGAGCAGUUCGUACCAUUACGAAACAGGUUCCUGCCGAUUCGUUCUUCAAUUUCUUCAAUCCGCCGAUCGUUGAGGAUGAAGAUAAAGUCAAUCUGGAUACUCAGAACAUCUUACAAAAUGACUACGAAAUCGGUCACUUCCUUCGUUCGAGAAUUAUUCCGAAGGCAUUGCUGUAUUACACCGGCGACAUUGUAGAUGACGAUGAUGAUGAAGAUUUUGAUGAAGAAGAAGAGGAAGAGGAGGAAGAAGGUGAGGAUGAAGAAAAUUCUGAUGAUGAUGGUCCACCUGCACCGAAGGGUUCGAAAAAGAAAGAGAAUCCGGCCGAAUGUCAACAGCAGUAAGUUUUGUGCGGAUGUACGACUUGUUGGUUCUACUGUUUCUUUAUAUGUUCACAACGUUUUUUCUUUCUUCCUUUUAUUUUUAACGAAAUUUUAAUUUUUGGUAUAUUUUCAUAAAGGCGCGAUUUCUGUUAUUAUCUCUCUUUUUUCCAACGCAUCAUCGUUUGUGUCGAUUCGGAACGUAUGUCGUUCGAUCGAAACAUUUCUUUUUUCUUUAAUUUAAAUUUGCCAAUAAAAAUUAAUGGAAAGCUGAACAUGUGUCAACACAUUCCUUGUAUUGUAUUGCAUCUGCAUCCGUUUUAUAAUCAACGAUUAAAAAUGCUUAACAAUUAUCAAUUAUGUUUACAUGACUUGGAAUAGUUUCAAUAAAUUAAUUAAGGAAAUCGA